CGAUGAUGUGACAUGAACCCCUCUAUCAAAGUUCUGUAUUCUUCUACCCCAUGGUCUGCUGGGGACAGAGCUGGACUCUACCAAAGCUUAUUUAUGCUGCUUAAUUCAACCUAGCCAUCAGAGACGCUGCUUUGGAGGACGAUGCAUUGUACAAGAAGGAAGCGGCUCCAGCUGAGCCGGGUUCUGUUUCUCCUCUCCGGGGUUUUCCUUUGCACCCUCUAUCAGCUCACCAUCAGUGCCAGACUGCAACAACCCAUGUCAGUGGCUCAGAUCGGAGACGAUUUUGGAGAGGGUUCGACAGAGGGUGUAGAGGAGGCCCCGGCAGAAACUGGAGGGUUGGAGGAACCUUUUACUGUUGAACCUGAAUUAGAGCGUACAGAUCAAACAACAUCAACCCAUGUGAUUCCUCAUACUGACAAGGGUAUGGUUAAAAAUACAGAUACUGAUGCAACUAAGCCACCCACUUCCACAGAAUCUCCACUAUUACCAACCACAAACCGGACUAUUGUGCAUUGCAUCUAUGUGGCCCCUGAACCUCCUUUGGUGACACCAACACCUGUUCCAGCUCCACCAACUACAACCGCCUCCCCAGCUCCACCUGGUGAAGCUCCUCAUGUUAAAGGGGAAUACCCUGAAGAUAUCUUCUCUAUCGAAGAUCGCAGACGAGGAUGGGUGAUCCUUCACAUUUUAGGGAUGAUGUACAUGUUUGUCUCCCUCGCGAUUGUCUGUGAUGAGUUCUUUGUGCCUGCACUGGGGGUAAUCACAGACAAGCUCGCCAUCUCUGAUGAUGUAGCAGGAGCCACCUUCAUGGCUGCCGGAGGCUCUGCACCUGAACUAUUCACCUCCUUGAUAGGAGUCUUCAUCGCCCACAGCAACAUUGGAAUCGGCACAAUUGUCGGCUCAGCAGUUUUUAACAUUUUGUUCGUAAUUGGGAUGUGCGCUUUGUUUUCUCGAGAGAUUCUCCACCUAACCUGGUGGCCCCUUUUCAGAGACGUCUCAUUUUACAUACUCGACCUCAUCUUACUGAUCAUCUUCUUCUUGGACAAUGUGAUAAUGUGGUGGGAGAGCAUGAUGCUGGUGGCAUGUUACAGUCUCUAUGUUGUCUUCAUGAAAUUCAACGUACAAUUAGAGCGAGAAUUCAAGACCCAGCUCCACAAACACAAGAGCAUUGUGAAGGUUAUUGCUGUGGAGGAACCUGAGAAGACAAAUGGGGAAGGUGAAGAUAAUGCCCCUCCUGCUCCAGAGGACAAGAAUCGGUUAAAGCUGAAGCCAUCCCUUCAGCGAGGGGGAAGUUCUGCUUCUUUACACAACAGCACCAUGCGAAACACCAUCUUCCAGCUCAUGAUUCACACAUUAGACCCUCUGGGAGAUGGAAAAUUUAAGGAUAAGGUUGAGACGCUGAACAAUGUGGCUAGACGGAAGUCAGUGUCCAAACCCCAAGACAAAAGUGAAGCUAAAGGUGGGACAAUUGAAGAGACCAAAGAGCCAGAGGCUGCCCCAGCCAAAGAUGCGGAAAAGAAGGAGCAGCCAGAAGAAAAGAAGGUACUCCCCACCCAUGACCUGCUGGCUUUCAAAAAACCCAGAAGUCAGUCUUUGAUACCUGUCUAUGAUGACGUGCCAGCAGAACAAGGUGGAUCCGAAGACUCAGACAAUUCUGACAGUGAGGAAGAUGACAGCGAGGAAGAUGACAGCGAAGAGGAGAGCGAUGAGUCUAGUGAAGAGGAGGACAAGGAGGAGGAUAAAGAGGAGGAAGAGGGGGAAAAAGAAGAUGACCCUCUGUCUUUACAGUGGCCUGACACACCUCGAAAACAAGCCACCUACCUCUUCUUGUUGCCCAUAGUCUUCCCUCUGUGGCUCACAGUUCCUGAUGUUCGGAACCAGAAAUCCAGAAAAUUCUUUGUAUUCACCUUUCUGGGCUCCAUUAUGUGGAUUGCUAUCUUCUCCUACCUCAUGGUGUGGUGGGCCCAUCAGGUGGGAGAAACCAUCGGCAUCUCCGAGGAGAUUAUGGGCCUGACAAUCCUGGCAGCAGGAACCUCCAUCCCAGACCUCAUCACUAGUGUGAUUGUGGCCCGUAAAGGCCUAGGAGACAUGGCAGUGUCCAGCUCUGUAGGCAGUAACAUCUUUGACAUCACUAUGGGCCUACCCAUCCCAUGGCUCAUGUACUCUUUCAUCCAUGGCUUAGCUCCAGUGGCUGUCAGCAGCAACGGGCUUUUCUGUGCCAUCGUGCUGCUUUUCCUCAUGCUCCUCUUUGUCAUCAUCUCCAUCGCAGCCUGUAAAUGGAAGAUGAAUAAGGUGCUGGGUUUCACCAUGUUUCUCCUCUACUUUAUCUUCCUGGUGUUGAGUGUUAUGCUGGAAGAUCGGAUCAUCAUCUGCCCUGUUUCCAUCUGAGACUGCAAACACAAGCCUUUCUCACAACAAACACUUUCCCAUCGAGGGGGGAAGUAAAUAUUGCUCUUAAGACAAAGCAAACACAAAUUAAAACUUCCUUUUAAAAAAAGCAAAUUAAAACUCAAGGAAACUAAUUUUGGAAUUGAUAUACUUUGAUAUACUUUUAACAACUGUAAAAGUACGGCAUUAGUUUAAAAAUACCUUUACAGCUCUGUCCCAGUUUUUCCAUUUUCAAAGACUUUCCUUUGGACUUUGAAUAUGUUUUAAAGAACAUGUGAUUUCAUCUCAGGGCUCUUCCAAAGGAGGACUGUUUCUUUUGGUGAAAUUUUAGG